CAACUAGAUCGUGAUCUCAUCAUGUUCAUCUACUGUACUCAGGCUGUACUGAUGCUUGUGCUGACAUUUCAAAGGGAAAGUCAUGCCGGGAGAGUCUUAGGAGGCCAUGAGGUGGUGCCACACAGCAGGCCGUACGUGGUGCUUUUGAAGACGAUUGAUCAGAACGAUACCCCCAAUUUCUGUGGUGGAUUCCUUAUUACAGAAGACUUUGUGGUGACUGCAGCACACUGCAAGGCAAAGUCCUAUAAGGUUAUUCCGGGGUUACACCAGUACAAUGAACGCCACAUUUUGUCUGUGAAGGAAAAUUUUGUACAUAACUACUACAAUGAAAAUGAUUACACAAAUGACAUAAUGCUGUUGAAGUUGUCCUCCAAGGCAGUGUGGAAUGACAAAGUCAAACCUAUUGCUCUGGCAGACCAGCAAGGUAACUCACUGCCAACUUUGUGCACAGUCUGCGGGUGGGGGCCGACAUCAUCGAAGGAAACCCAUAUGUCUUCCACACUCAUGGAAGCCAGUGUCACUCUUAUUAAUAAUGAGCUGUGUGUUAAAGAAAAUGUUUACUGUUCUGAAGGAGAUAAGGGACCGAGUAAGGGAGACUCUGGAGGUCCGUUAGUCUGUGAAGAUGGAAAGGCAUAUGGAGUGGUGUCUGCAAGCCAAACAACCAACGGUUCCAUGUUAUAUAAAUACACAAAGAUAAAAGACAACAUUGACUGGAUCAAUAAUAUUAUUAGAAACAACUGAAACAGCUGCUUAGAUACACACACAAAUUUAUCAAACCACUUGACAUUUUUACUUAAUUAGUGAUGUACCUUUGUAUUUUAUACUAACAUUGGCUUUUUUUACACUGCAGGCUCUGAUCCUUAAAUGCAUAGUGAAUAAAAAUGUACAUUAAAAAUGAACGUCUAAAAAGUGUGACGGAAUAGGUUUGCUUUUUGUUACCAGUACAAGUGCAAGGAAACUAUUGCUUUGUUCAUCUUGUUUUGCAUUGAGAUAAGAGCACAGGUUUCAAUUGAUUCACUUAAUUUCAAAAUUAAAUAAAUAUGGUUUUUUUCUCAA